AGAUAAGCGGGUGGGAAAAAAAAAUAAACCGACAAGUUGAGUAUCAAAACAACACACACACGAAAAGAAAAUGGCGGAUCUGUCACUUUACCUCACAAACGCUAACGUGUCUCUUGGACAAACUAUGGAACCUGAGAAAAGCUCCACUGUGGUGAAGGAGUUUGACAGUGUAGAGCUUGGCGACGCAGUGAAGAAACAGAAGGUUCCACGCAGAACCAUUUACUUCGCCAGCGGUGAGACAAUGGAGGAAUUCAGCACAGAUGAUGAAGACGAGGAAGAGGAACAGGAGCGGCGCAAACAGACCGCCAUGAGCACGAUUGAUCCGUCUAAACUGACUUGGGGUCCUUAUUUCUGGUUCCACAUGUGGAGAGUGGCAACGAGCACCAUCUCAGUGUGUGAUUAUCUGGGAGAGAAAAUGGCAUCAAUGCUGGGCAUCACCACGCCCAAGUAUCAGUACGCAAUUGACGAGUACUACAGGAUGAAGAAAGAGGAGGAAGAGGCCGAGGAGGAAGACCGUCUCUCUGAAGAAGCCCAGCGGCGUUUCGACAAUCAGCACCGUGACGCAGAACAGAAGCCGACUGUGGAGCAGCCCGAGGGGACGAGUUCCUUCGUCAACAUGAGCUUCGAGGGUGAACAGGAGACAUCAUCAUGAACGAGUGCCUUUUCUCUACAUUAAUCUCUCUCUCAUGCGCUCUCGUAAUUAGUGUGUGUGUGCGCAAGAUUGAGUGGCAUGACUGAUACAUUUCUUUAAAUAAUACAUUAUUUUGGUUAAAUAAUAACAUUUAACCAAGUGCACUCCUUAAAUCUACAACUGUGUGUGUGUGUGUGUAUUUAUUUAUGGUCAUACACAUGAUGUGAAGUUUUUCCCCUAUCUUAAGGAAAGAGGAGUUUACACCUUUCUCUUUCUCUCUCUCUAAUACAAAAGAUAAAUUGACUCCGGUCGAUGUCUUAUUUUUUCAGUUCGUACCAGUUCCAAUCUUUUUUUUCCUCUCUCUUCUACUCCCUGCUUAUAAGUGAUGUCUUUAAUAUCAUGCAAACACCCCCUUUGUGUGAACUUUUGUUUCUUUUAGUGUUCUUCACUCUGGUAAAGGCUGCCUUCUUUUUUUCUGUGGAAAGAGCAUGCAGUCUUCAUUUUAUAUUUACACCAUUUUUUAAGUACAAGGAGAAAUCUGAGUGUGUAGCGUAAAUUAUUGAUGUUAUGCUAAACAGCUGUGCUCAUAUGUAAAAGUUUUUUCAGUUAAAAUUUCUGACUGGUCUGCAGUUUCAGCAACUGAAAUGUUUGCCUAAGUAUUAUUCAAAAAAUAAGAAAAAAGAUGGGGUUUUGAUUUUUUUUAUUAUAAGAUUUAUCCUGCAGGAUCAUUCCUCAGAGUUAGUUACUUUUUUUGCUCACUGUUUAACAUCUUUGCUCAGCUCUGUUUCUCAAGUUAUAUUAUUUUAUUUGGAUACUGUGUACAGAGGCAUUAACGCCAGAAAAAGGCCUUUCAUGCAGUGAGUCUGAUGGCACUCAAAGUUAUCAUAAAUGGUUUUGCUUUUUUUGUUUAUUCGCAAACAAACUAUUAUAAAAUAAUUCUGUUUUGAUAAAACCUUCUGAAAUAACUUUUCCAGAACAGGAGCAGAAAAAACGCAUGUGUGAAUUUAUAGUUCAUCAUUACACUGGGAUAUUACUUUUCCCCCCCAUUAUAUUUUUACUCUGAUCAUUAAUGACUGACAAAAUUUCCCUCUCUGACCUGAAACCUGUGUGUGUGUGUGUGUGUUCACAUAAUGUAAAAAAGAAGACACUUGUCAAUCCCAACACAAACUUUGAAAAACUGUAUAAUUUAUUUAUGUACAUUUCCUUUAAACGCUUUAAUAUGAUAUAGCUUAUUUCAAAACCUGUAUAUAAUGAUGUCACUUUCUUUAAUAAAGUCUUGGACCUUC